GGGGCGAGGGCUUAGGUUACCACACCGCGGUCCUCCAGGCCACGGCAAGUUUCGCCACUGGCUGUUCGGGACGUUUACUUUUGAAUUUCCCUGAACCGCCGGGUGUGGACCGUGGCGCAGACCCGCCCCGGAAACCUCCGGGCUCCUUCCCGCCACUCGCAGGCCGGGCCCCUCUAGGGGGUCCCCACGGGGCGGCAGGAGGGCCCGAAGGGCGCGGCAGCGGGACCGCAGUCCCGGCCGCCCCUCCCGGCUGCCCGGGUUCCGACCCGGCCACGCCCAGCCGCGCGCGCCGCGCAGACGGUUGCCCGAGGGCUCGAUUUUAAAUUCACAGACCCGGCCCCUCAGCAGCAGGAGCGCGUAGUCCGCUCCCCAUUGGCCGGUGGCGGUCACGUGGGCGCCCGCCAUGUUGGGGUGUGCGGCGCGGCAGCCCGCGCCACCUCCGCCCCCAGCGGCUAGACUCCAGCCCGCCCCUCGCGGCCCUCCUCCCCCAGAGCCCGCCGCUCGGCGCAGCCUGAGAGGAAACAAAGUGCUGAGGGCAGGAGACUCCGCGGCGACGGCGGCGGCGCGCACCCUGCUCGGCUUCCCGGUCACCCUCGCCUCUCACCUUCCCGCGCGCGUGUCUGUGUGUGUGUGUGUGUGUGUUUUCUUACAAAGGACAUUUUACGAUCGGCUGAUUGAUUCGCGAUCCUCCUCCUUUGCCCUUUGUGCUGUAACCCCGCUCCCGCCAUCCCAGGUGCUUUUCCGCUCCUCCCAUUGCCGGCCUCUGCGCGCGAGCGCAGGUGACCGGUUUGUGCCUUUGGUCCCCGUUUCGUCCCAGGGCUGCUCACGGCCUCGCCGCCCCACUCCCCGCCGGCCGCCUCCGCCGAUCGUCCCGCCGCCCGCCAUGGCGACCGCGACCCCCGUGCCGCCGGGGGGCGGCAGCCGCACUGGCGGCCCCUCCACGCCGCUGAGCCCCACGCGGCUGUCGCGGCUGCAGGAGAAGGAGGAGCUGCGCGAGCUCAACGACCGACUGGCGGUGUACAUCGACAAGGUGCGCAGCCUGGAGACGGAGAACAGCGCGCUGCAGCUGCAGGUGACAGAGCGAGAGGAGGUGCGCGGCCGCGAGCUCACCGGCCUCAAGGCGCUCUACGAGACCGAGCUGGCCGACGCGCGACGCGCGCUCGACGACACGGCCCGCGAGCGCGCCAAGCUGCAGAUCGAGCUGGGCAAGUUCAAGGCCGAGCACGACCAGCUGCUCCUCAAUUACGCUAAGAAAGAAUCUGAUCUUAAUGGAGCCCAGAUCAAGCUUCGAGAAUAUGAAGCAGCACUGAAUUCCAAAGAUGCAGCUCUUGCUACUGCACUUGGUGACAAAAAAAGUUUGGAGGGAGAUUUGGAGGAUCUGAAGGAUCAGAUUGCCCAGUUGGAAGCCUCCUUAGCUGCUGCCAAAAAACAGUUAGCAGAUGAAACUUUACUUAAAGUGGAUUUGGAGAACCGUUGUCAGAGCCUUACUGAGGACUUAGAAUUUCGUAAAAAUAUGUAUGAAGAGGAGAUUAAUGAAACCAGAAGGAAGCAUGAAACGCGCUUGGUAGAGGUGGAUUCUGGGCGUCAGAUUGAGUACGAGUACAAGCUGGCUCAGGCUCUUCAUGAGAUGAGGGAGCAACACGAUGCCCAAGUGAGGCUGUACAAGGAAGAGCUGGAGCAGACCUACCAUGCCAAACUUGAGAAUGCCAGACUGUCCUCAGAGAUGAAUACUUCUACUGUCAACAGUGCCAGGGAAGAACUGAUGGAAAGUCGUAUGAGAAUUGAGAGCCUUUCAUCUCAGCUUUCUAAUCUACAGAAAGAGUCUAGAGCAUGCUUGGAAAGGAUUCAAGAGUUAGAGGACUUGCUUGCUAAAGAAAGAGACAACUCUCGUCGCAUGCUGUCUGACAAAGAGAGAGAGAUGGCAGAAAUCAGGGAUCAGAUGCAGCAACAGCUGAGUGAUUAUGAACAACUUCUUGAUGUAAAGUUGGCCCUGGACAUGGAAAUCAGCGCUUAUAGGAAACUCUUAGAAGGUGAAGAAGAGAGGUUGAAGCUCUCUCCAAGCCCUUCUUCCCGUGUGACAGUAUCCCGAGCAUCCUCCAGUCGCAGUGUGCGGACAACCAGAGGAAAGCGGAAGAGAGUGGAUGUGGAAGAAUCCGAAGCCAGUAGUAGCGUGAGCAUCUCUCAUUCUGCCUCAGCCACUGGGAACGUUUGCAUCGAGGAGAUAGAUGUUGAUGGGAAAUUCAUCCGCUUGAAGAACACUUCUGAGCAGGAUCAGCCAAUGGGAGGCUGGGAGAUGAUCAGAAAAAUAGGAGACACAUCAGUCAGUUACAAAUAUACCUCCAGAUAUGUGCUGAAGGCAGGCCAGACUGUUACGAUUUGGGCUGCAAAUGCCGGUGUCACAGCCAGUCCUCCCACCGACCUCAUCUGGAAGAACCAGAACUCUUGGGGCACUGGUGAAGAUGUGAAGGUUAUCUUAAGAAAUUCUCAGGGAGAGGAGGUUGCUCAAAGAAGUACAGUCUUUAAAACGACCAUACCUGAAGAGGAGGAGGAGGAGGAAGAAGCAGUUGGAGUGGUUGCUGAGGAAGAACUUUUCCACCAGCAGGGAACCUCAAGAGCAUCCAAUAGAAGUUGUGCAAUUAUGUAAACUUCUCAAAUCAACUGUCUUCCUCAAAACAAAGAAGUAUGGUAAUCCUUA